AUGUUUUACUUUAAUGAACAGACAGAGAGCAAAGGUGCCAGUGUUGACCGACACGUGGAGCCUAUGGAGGUUGAGCAGUCUGCCCAAGGGAAAGGAGAUGCCUCCCUUUCACCAACUAGUCCAGAUUUUAAGAGGGACAACACAAGUGAUGCCUCUGAAACUCCGGCUGGACCGCCGCCAGAAAGCACAGUCAUGGUUGGAUCAGAGACAGACAGCAUCCCCUCCAGUGUUGGCCUACAGGAUGAUACCAUGGAGGUCGAGCAGUCUGACCAUAGUAAAGGAGACACGAAAAGUGAUGACUCUGGAACUAUGGAGAAAAAGUAUCCUUGUCCACCUCCAAAAAGGACAGACGCAGGGAAAAUGCAGGUGUCGGCAAGAGAGAGACUUCAAAUCUAUUUCCACGCCAUCCUCUCAAUGGACUUCAAUCUUGACCAGAAUGAGGAUCGCCUUUUCGUAUGGGCAGGGGAGGAAACGGGGAGCUGGGAAUCCAAUGCAGUUGAGCUAACCGUGACAAAGGAACUGGGAGUGCAUGGAUUCUUAGUCGAAGGAAUUCUGGUCACUGACCAAGCUGCGUCCAUACCAUACCAAUAUAUUGUCUACAGUUCCAAAAAGGCAACGUAUGAGUACGAGUACAUUGAUUCUACACAUCGCGCCGGAAGAAGAAGUCUUUCUGUAAAUACCAAACUACUCGAUGAGGAAGCGGCUUGGCAUCAGUAUGAUGACAUUAUCUGUGCCUCGCCAUCCAAGGAUGUGUCCAAAAGAAUAAUCCAAGGCAGAGAAAUCGCAGGGAAGAUGAUGCUUCAGACUAUUUUUGAACUCCUUCACAGCUGGAAUGACAUUCAACUCAACUGUUUCAUGAAACGACUGAUUCAAUUUGAACAGAGUUACAGGAAACCGUCACUGUAUGCAGGCAUCAACAAGAAUAUGAAAAAACAAUUAAAUAAAGAUGUUCAAAAGCUGCUGAAACAGUUCAUUCUGGAGAGUGUGCUUCCUCAGCUGCUGAAGAAGGGAGAGGGAAGGAGUCCCACUAUUCAGGACCAAAUGAAGGCCGCUGUGAUCGUACUGUAUGUGUGUAAACAUUAUGAGAUCCCACUAGAGAGAGCAGAAGUCGCUGGUCUAUGCUUUGCUCUCUGUCUGCCCAACAUGCCUAAAGACGAGUUCCUGCAGUAUUGGACAGAUUUCACACAACCCGUCGUACUUCUCAAGAAGUGA